GAUCUCCCCAAGGUGACUCAUCGUUGAUAGCAUAUAUAACAACCAGUGGGAAUAAUUGGGUAUUUGUAAGCAAUUGAGUAAGACAAGAUGCAACAUCGCAUAUUCAUAGCAAUUUUGAUGUUCAAAUUCACAAUCGAAGGUUCGGUUGCAAUUACAAAGGAUCAAGUAAAGGAGAUUAAAAAGGAUAUUGUGGAACUUAUCGAGGCUAACAGAGAUCCAAAGGACGGUGCACUCCAUUUUAUUCCUGGUUUUGUCCGAGUAGCAUUCCACGACUGCGUAGGCGGCUGUGAUGGGUGCCUCAAUCACUCUGAUGAAAAUAAUGCUGGCUUGAGUGUAUAUGUUGGACCCCUUGAAACAAUCUACUUAAAAUAUAAGACCCUCUUGUCCAGGGCAGACUUCUGGCAGCUAGCCGGUAUAACAGCAAUAGAAAGGAGUGUCGAGAAAUGCAAAGACUGCAUUAAACCAGAUUUGCCAUUUGAGACAGGGAGAAAAGAUUGUAAAGAUUCGCCUAAUUACACAGGUGACCCGAGAAGUUUUCCUAUGAACGCGGGUCAUGGGGACAUCAACAAUGCAUUGACGUUCAUGGAAGAAGCAUUUGGUCUCCCACGCAAUGAACCUGAAUUGGCCACAGCUUUAAUUGGAGCUCAUACCCUUGGCGAGGCCCAUAGGGAACAUUCAGGUUGGGAAGGUAUUUGGACAGAGACGCCUGACCAACUGAGUAAUCGUUACUACAAAAGCCUCGUGAAACAGAAAUGGUCUCAGAUUAAUCUGAAUCAAGGUGAUCCUCGCAAAGAUCCAGUGUGGCAAUGGCAACCGGGUAAAAAACUCACUACUACGAAGGCGCGUUACCUUAAGAAGAGGAAGGAGAAGAUCAUGAUGUUGAACACAGAUAUGGCUUUUGCAAAGAAACUUUCACCAGAUGCAACAGGAGAAGCCAUAUGUAAGGUUUCAUCUAAAUGUAAGGCUCAGCCGGAAACAGCCGAAUGGGUACUGAAAUAUGCGAAUGAUGCUAAACUCUGGGAGAAGAAUUUUGCCAUUGCUUACAUGAGAAUGAUCCGUACGGGAUACAAGGAUGGAGAUCUAACCCUUGUUAAGUAAACCUAAUAACCCAAAUGAUUCUUGCUGAACAUUUGAUACGCACAUUAAUUAUGGCGUCUGCUGUAUAUUAUGCAUGCGCCUUAUAAAGAUCGCAGUGCAAUUGUUGCGAGAACUUACCAUCACAGUUAUCAUUUCUAAUUAUGAUGUCAUCAAUCGCAAUCGAUCCUUUACCCUCGUAGUCCUUCAUAACCUCAAUUCUAAGCUGGAAUAUAUUUGAUAUACAUUUUGUUUAUUACACAGUUUAUUGGUAUGUUGUGUGACUUCUCAAUAGUAGAGAUAAACCUAUACAUAUUGCUUGUACUAUAUUUUGAUCAGAUUCAAAGAUUGUGAGAAACGUCCGUGUGUAAAGAAUGAAUAUGGAUUAGAACAGAAUAAGAUGAUAGAAUAAAUAGUGCUGGGAUUAUCAUUUUAGAAUUAAAGCAAUUAGAUAAAAGUGUUUUAAUUACCCAAUAGUCGUAUUGACUUGAAUAGCCAACCUGCCCAUAGUUCCAUUUGUUUUGCCAGUUAUUGGUCAAUGCGUAUAGAGGAACCGUAAUAUUGUUCCCCGUGCCUGCGAGUUGCUCCAAAAAUACUCGGAUAAAACCGAGGUCUUUGUCCAUAUGAAACCAGAAUGUGAGGCACAUUCCUUUAGAACUCGUUGGAGAAAAUACUUCACUGAGCAAUGAUGCCUUAUCGUUAUUGUUUUUGUUUGUAAUAUCCACAAAGGCGUAUUGACCUGAAAACACAUGUAUAGUAUAUACUAG